AAGAUACCAUGUGGGAGGCUUGUGGCUGAGGGAGGCAGCAGGGUUUCUCUUACAGGGAAGUGAGCAGAGAAAGAGGUUUGUUUGUAUGACAAAGGAAGUUAGGUAAGAGUUCAAAAGGAUUUGAAGGGAGAGCUGAUAUCUGAGUUCUGAGAACAGUUUGUCCUGCUAAGGCAUCAUUCACCUAACAGAGCUUCAAUGCUGCUGCUUCUGCUCCUGCUCUUCAAGAAAAUUCUUUGUCAUGGGCCAAGCACAAUGGUCCUGUUCUCCCCUUCUUUCAACCUCUCUCAAUUGUCAUUUCUUUGUCUCUCAGCUGCCCAAGUUCUAGGACCCCAUCAUCUUGCAGCAGAAGAGCCCCUCUCCUUUCGCGUACUCCAGACCUUCUCCUUUGCCAACCACAGCUGGGCACAUACCGAAGUCUCAGGAUGGCUGGGCGAGUUGCAGACUCAUCGCUGGGACAGUGUUUUGGGCACCAUCCGCUUUCUAUGGCCCUGGUCCGAGGGUAGUUUUAGCAAGGAAGAACUGAAGAACCUGCAAUACCUAUUGCAGUUGUAUUUCCAUAGUUUCCCUCAGCAAGUGCAGGCAUUUUCCAGUCAGUUUCAGUUUGAAUAUCCCUUUGAGCUCCAGAUAGCAUUCGGCUGUAGAAUGCAUUCUGGGAAGGCUUCAGAAAGCUUCUUAAAUGGGGCAUACCAAGGAUCAGAUUUCCUGAGUUUCCAAGGAAAUUUCUGGAAACCAUCUCCAGGAGCAGGGAGCCAGGCUCAGAAAGUUUGUGAAGUGCUUAAUCACUACCAAGUUGUUAAAGAAAUUGUUCAGAGCCUUCUCGUUGACACCUGCCCUCGAUAUCUAGCAGGCCUCCUUGAAGCAGGGAAGUCAGAACUGGAACGACAAGUGAAGCCAGAAGUGUGGGUGUCCAAGGGCUCUAGUCCUGGACCUGGACGUUUGCUACUGGUGUGCCAUGUCUCUGGCUUUCAUCCAAAACCUGUGUGGGUGAUGUGGAUGCGGGGUGAAAAGGAGCAGCUGGGCACUCAGCGAAGUGAACUCUUGCCCAAUGUUGACAGAACAUGGUAUCUUCGAGUAACCCUGAAUGUGGCAGCUGGAGAGGCAGCUGGUCUGACUUGCCGAGUGAAACACAGCAGCUUGGGAGGUCAUGAUAUAAUCAUUCACUGGGAUGGAUACCCCAUCCUCCUGAUAUGCAUCUGUUUGGCUGUAUUAGUUACCUUGGUUAUCUUGGUUUUGGUUGACUCAUGGUUUAAAAAGCAAAGCUCCUCUUCUCUUCCCACAGCUCAAAUCAGAACAUCUGCUCUCCCCAUAUACCCAACCCUGCUUUUCCCACAGAAGCCAAUAUCCAAGAACCCAGGAAUUCAGGAAGUUUUCUCUGCUUGGCACAGAAAUCUUGGAUCAAAAAUCGAUUCUUAAAGAAAUCAAAGAUAAGCCUAAAUCAACCCUAAUGACAUUUCUUUCACUUUAUACAUAAGAUACUUGUCUACUUCUUGUUAAAUAUGGUUUAUACAAAUAAACAAAAUAUGAUUUUGUUAAAACAUCUUAUUCUGGCAGAGGUUCUGAC